UUCCGCACAGAAAUAUUCGUAAGGUCCGUCCGUGCACAUGGGGGCAAGCGGCCUCCAGUUCUCCUCCGUAAUCUAGACUUUGUUAACGCCCUUCGGAUAUUUUUCCGGCGAUGUCGAUUCGUAUUCGGUCUACCCUCGUCUCCGCCGUUAAUUUCAACGACUCCACGAAUCUUUGCCGGAAUCGAUCUCGGAACUGCAGAUUCUCCAUCCGGAGUUGUUUGUCCGAUUCUGACCACCGCAAGCUAGUGUUUGAAGUGAAAGAAAGGCUUGCAAAAGAUUAUAGUAGUCUCCCUGUGGGCAGAAAUGGAAGAGAUGAUGAGGAAAUGAUCCUCUGGUUUUUGAAGGAUAGGAAGUUCUCCGUCGAGGAAGCCAUUGGAAAGCUCUCUAAAGCUAUUAGAUGGCGCCAAGAGUUCAAUGUAUCUGAACUGUCUGAAGACUCUGUCAAGAUCGCUGCAGAGACAGGGAAAGCUUAUGUGCAUGAUUUUCUAGACGUGAAGGGUCGACCAGUACUUGCUGUAGUUGCCUCCAAGCACACACCAGGGUUGCUGGAUCGUAUUGAGGACGAAAAGCUAUGUGUAUUCUUACUUGAAAAGGCUUUAAGUAAGCUACCAGAAGGGCAACACAAAAUACUUGGUCUCCUCGAUCUUCGUGGAUAUCGUACCGAGAAUGCUGAUCUUAAAUUCUUGACUUUUCUGUUUGAUGUGUUUUACUGUUACUAUCCAAGCCGGUUGGAUGAAGUUCUUUUCGUGGAUGCCCCAUUUGUUUUCAAGCCAAUUUGGCAGUUCAUCAAGCCAUUGGUGAAAAAAUACGCUUCUCUCGUGAAGUUCUGCUCAUCAGAGACAGUGAGAAAGGAGUACUUCACUGAUGAAACGUUACCGACCAGUUUCAGAAACUGAUGGGAAUCGGUAUUUUUCCUGUUGUUGUAUCUUUAACAAGUCUAAGAAGGUGGGUUUUGGAUUAUGGGCAAAGGCUAAUCAUGCCGAAAGUGAAACAUCUAAUUUUGUAUAUGUUGAGACAACGUUAUGUAUUACUCUCAAAUUCAUAUUCUUUGUAUUAUUUUGAUUUCUGUGUU